AUGGCGCAGGUGGCUCUUCCCUGUUGUCAAAUCCAUACCAACGACGAACUGACCAUUUACUGUAAAGAUUGCAAAAAGAAUGUCUGUGAGGAAUGUGUUAAAGACGAACAUUCCAGUCACUCGUGGGAAUCUGUGGGAAAAUUUUCCAAAAAAUUAUCUUCUAGUCUGCGCAGCACCAGUACCAGAAUUAGGACCACGAACGUCGCAGAGCUACGUAGACAGCUGGUAAAGGUGACGGAGACGUGCCACAGCGCUAAGACGAGGUUUCAAAAGGCUGAAAAUGAAAUCUCUCGACAGGAAGAGGAGGUUAUAAAGUCUGUGAGCCUGUGGGCGGAGAGCUUACGAGAUCAGCAUAGCAGACAAACUUCUGCAUACCUUUCAGGGCUAGAAGAGAAGAAAAAUGAUCUCGAACAAAGGAUAGUACACUUUGAAAAACUUGCCACUGAUCUUGAGGAGAUGGGACCCUCGUUAUCUCAGCUGGAGCUGAUAGAGAGAGUGCAAGAAAUUGAAGAAAAAAUGGAGGAAGAAACGAGCAUUAGCUUCGAUGAUUUAUCAUACAGAAACUUUUGUAAAGGCCAGAUUGAUAUGGAGAAGCUUAAAGCAAUGGUUGGGAAUUUGGAAAAUAAGAAAGAGCCUGAAAUGGCCGAUAAAGAAAAGCAUACCACAGCAACACCUGUGGGUGAUGGAGUCCAUCUUGGAAAUGAAAAUCUUCUUUCAAUGACUGCCAUUUCGAGCGAGGCGGCUUGGGUUCAUCGAUCCAAAUCCAGUAAAAUCGAACUUGUCAACAAGAAAGGGGAGACACUUGAGGAAGUGGAUCUAAAAACUCUGUUUGCAACAUUUACUCUCAUGGAUAACAGGGAUCACAUAUUUGCGUCUCGAGGGGAGCGGUGCAUAAAGAAAUUCAGCGCCUUAGAUGGCGAUAUUUCAACGCUCUUCCACACCAAACCCUUGUACCCAAUCGGUAUCAGUCGCGCUGGUCAACAAAGUCUACUCUUGUCAUUUGAAGACGAAAAGAACUUUAACCCCAAACAAAAAAGCAGAAGAAUUGUGCAAAAAGUCUCCGUGAAAGGGAAAGUCGAGGCAACAUACGAAUUUGAAAAAGGUAGCACCAGACGACUUUUUACACGCCCCAUUCGCGUAUUGGCCCAAAAUGAUAGAAUUUACGUUAUCGACCAGACGUCUGAAUCAUCGGGAAAACUUGUGGUUCUGCGAGAAAAUGGACAACCCCACUCCGUUUACAAUGGGCAAAAUCUCAAAAGUCCAUUCUGUCCCCAAGGCGUAUGCGCAAGUCGUUCCGGCAAUAUCUUUGUCAGCGACACAAAUAAUGCAGCGAUCCAUCUACUGAAUAUGGAUGCCGUUUUCGUGAAAAUUUUGAUUCAAGGAAAGUUGAUUAGUUUACCCACAUCACUAACACUGAAAAAUGAUCAAUUAUGGGUCGGCACCGCAACAGGGCAUAUCAAAGUUUUCCAAAUCACUAAUGAAUGA